AUGGAAAUCAGUCACUCUGGUCCUUGGUCUGAGACAGGCAGUGCUGCACGCUUAACAGCACGUUUAACUUUCCAAAGCCAGGUAAUCAAUCAGCGACUCGCCCUGGAAUUGUACGACACCGCGGCCAGCCAAGCUGCCGACGGCGCGCUCCGCGUCGUCGGUGGCCGCUUGGCCGCCCUGGGGCUCCAUCUGUACGGCGGUUCCGUACUGCCUUGCGACGGCAUCCGUUAUUGUACGGCCCUGACGGAGCUGCGGCUGCAGCUCAGCAUGGAUCCAAACAUGCACAUAGGGCCCUUCAAGUACGGCUCGCAGCCGUACUCCUCCAAAUGUUUGAAGCGACGCAGUGACAGUGUCAGCGGCGGCAACGGCGGCGGCGGCGGCAGGGUUUUGGCGCCAACGGACGCCGCGGCACUUGCGGCGCUGACGCAGGCGGACUUUGGCGUCCGUCAGCAGUACAGACAGCAGCAGCCAUCCCCGCCGGCAGCGGCAGUAGCAGCAGCGGCUGCUACCGUGACGGCGGGGAACGGCGUAUCAACCGCUAUGGAGGCGGCGGCGGCGGCAGUAGCCGGGCGGGCGGUUCCGCCCGCCGUCGCAGCCAUCGCGUCGCUGACGCAACUGCGUUGCCUUGAGCUGUACGGCAGUUGCAUCGACCGGAUUCUGGAUCCGCCGUAUCGUUUGCUCGGCCUGGAGGCGUUACGUAACCUGAAGCGUCUGCGGAUUGACCUACCGGCCGACACCACCACCACCACCACAACAACAACAACGACAACAUCACCGCAGGAGCGCUUUCUGAGCGGCGGCGGCGGCGGCGGCGGCGGCGCGAUGCGGCAGCGCGCGGGUAUAGCGGCAGAAGGCGGCGGCGGCGGCGCCUCCAUCCCGUCGCAGUCAGGAGCGUCUAGCAACUGGCGACUGGGCCCGACACUGGCGGCGCUGACGUGGCUUCAAGAUUUGGAUGUCGGUGUGUCGUACGAGCUGCCGGCGGAGGCGCUGCCGUCGCUGGCGGCGCUAUCUCAGCUGACCCGCCUGGGUUGUAGCACCUUCUUGACGCCGCCGCCGCAGCACCUGCACCAAGCGCCUCCGCCGCCGCCGCCGCCGCAGCAGCAGCAGCAGCUACAGCACGAACAACAACAACAACAACAACACUAUCAACAACAACAACAUCUACGCCACAACCAGCAUUGGCCGCUCCUUCAUUACUCGCCGCUGCCGGCUUCCCUGGAGCACUUGCAGGUCGCGUCCCUUCCGGCGGUGCCUGUUUUAGCAACACUGGCGACGCUGCCGCGCCUUAAGAUGCUGACUCUUACACGCCGUACGACUAACGGAGUUGCCGACGGCGGCAUCCUAUUCCCGAUUUCUUCGGCAAGUGUGGAUCGUCUGGACGGCGGCGGCAGCCGCCAUGCCGCCGUCGACGCUGCUCCAGCGGCGGCGGCGGCGCCGCCGCCGUCAGGCGGCUCCGCCGCCGCCGCCGCCGCCGCCGUGGCCCCGUACGAGCCCCUUCGCCUGAUUCUUGUCGGCGAGGAGUUCUCCCACGCAGACCGACAGCGGGUGGCGGCGGUGGACAGGACGGAGGACGUGGCGGCGGCGGCGGCGCUGCUGCGGCGGCUACUGCCGCCAGCGGCGCUGCGGCGCGUGGCGCUACAGCCGUUCGGUCGCGCCCCAGCGGCGAUGCUGGAGGGCCCUCACGCGGCGUGGCUUGGGGAGCUCGCGGCCUUGGGGACGGCGGUGGAGGCGGUAGAGCUGGCGGCGUUUGCGUUGGAGCCCGGAGACCUGGGGGCGCUGCGUACGGCACUGCCGAACCUACAGGUGUGGGGGGGUCGUACGCAGUAG